AUGACAGAGAAAACACGUAUCAUGGAGUCGUCUAGUGAGGGGAAAGUAUCGAUAGAUGCCGACAACGAGGUGUACAAAAUGAGCGUGCGUAUCCCACCAUUUUGGCCAGAAGAGCCGGAGAUUUGGUUUGCCCAGGUGGAGGGACAGUUUGCAAUAAACAGAAUAACUAGUGACCAAACCAAGUUCAACCAUGUUAUCAACCAACUGGAUAACAAAUACUCCAAAGAAGUCAAGGACAUCAUUAUACAUCCUCCUGAGGAGAAUAAAUACGAGACACUGAAAGCGACGCUCAUCAAACGCCUGACGGAGUCAAAUGAAAAAAAGCUGAAGCAACUCCUAAUGCACGAGGAGCUUGGAGACAGGAAGCCCUCCCGAUUCCUUCGACACCUACAGAGCUUGGCAGGAUCCGAUGUCCCGAACGACUUCCUGAAAACCAUCUGGAUCAGCCGUCUCCCCUAUGGCACGCAGACUGUCUUGGCGGGCCAACCGGGUACGGCUAAGCUAGAAGAUCUCGCUGAUUUAGCGGACAGAGUCUAUGACUUGGCUACUUCAGCUCCUGGCGUCGCCUCCGUGAGCCAGGAAAGCGCCGGCGCAGUUCUCAGCGACCUAACGCGUGAGGUGGCCGAACUCCGGAGACAACUACAGAAGCUUGGGUCGGAGAGAAGUGGAAGAUCGAGAUCCAGAACUGCUCGACCGCGACGCCAGUCAACUUCUAGGCAACGAUCGCAGUCCCAGUACCGAAAGUACCCACUAUGCUGGUACCAUGGCAAAUUUGGAGACAGGGCCAGUAAAUGCAUUCGCCCCUGUGACUUCAAGGCGGAAAACUCCAUGGGCGGUCGAUAA